CAAUGCACUAUGUUCACGUUGAACUGUCUUGUGACGUCAUUAGCCGUACACAGCCUGGGAGUCGUAUUCUGCACAGAAAUUCACGAUUUUCCAUCAAAAUGUCGUACGCAUAUUUAUUCAAGUACAUUAUUAUAGGAGAUACAGGUGUUGGUAAAUCCUGCCUCCUACUCCAGUUCACAGAUAAACGAUUCCAGCCAGUCCAUGAUCUCACAAUAGGCGUUGAAUUUGGUGCACGAAUGAUCAAUAUUGAUGGCAAACAAAUCAAGUUACAGAUAUGGGAUACGGCUGGUCAAGAAUCAUUCCGAUCCAUCACAAGGUCGUAUUACAGGGGUGCAGCAGGAGCUCUCUUGGUAUAUGAUAUCACUAGACGAGACACAUUCAAUCACCUGACCACAUGGCUGGAGGAUGCUCGUCAACAUUCAAGUUCAAACAUGGUUAUUAUGCUAAUUGGUAAUAAGAGUGACCUGGAAGCAAGACGAGAUGUAAAGAAGGAAGAGGGUGAGGCGUUUGCCAGGGAACAUGGUCUCAUCUUCAUGGAGACCUCAGCCAAGACGGCUGCUAACGUUGAGGAAGCCUUCAUCAACACUGCCAAGGAGAUCUAUCAAAAGAUCCAAGAAGGUGUCUUCGACAUCAACAAUGAGGCUAAUGGAAUCAAACUUGGGCCUCAGCAUAAUACAGUGAACCCAGCACAACCAUCGGGUGAUAGAGGACAACAAGGGGGCCAGGGAUGUUGUUAAUCCAACCCCCUUUGGUUGGAUUUAAAUGCCCUUCCUUUAAUCUGGAGCUCCUCACUCCAUGUAGGAUAACCUCAAGUCCCCAGCCCUUGCCUGCUAGUAUUCUGCCGUUCUCCCUUUCGUACCCGUCUAUGACCAUAGAUGGUUUGGGCUCAGGAUCCCUUACUGCCCAAGCCAUUCCUAUUCUGUGCAAGAGAUGACUUUCCUAGGUAGGUCAGUCCAUCCCUCUCCUAUCUAUCACCAAACGCCCGUUCCCCGUACCCCUGGCCGUGUCAUAUCCACGUACCCUUGCCGUGUUCAACAUAUCUGCAGGCGCCAAUGGAGCAGGGUUAUUGAUACGUGUCUGCCGACGGCCCUGGGUUAAAAUUGCAAUGUAUUGAAAUGUGCACUUCAUGUAGAUUAUGUGUACAUUGUGAUUUGAUGAACAUGGCAUGCUUUAUUGCGAUAUGAAGGGGAGAAGUAAAUAUAUAUUGAAGAGCCCUAUUAAACAGAAUACUCUUGGGGAGAUGUUACUCUCGUGUAAAUAGCCAUGUACUUGUGGAUAUAAUAGUCAAGUGGUCUGGUAAUACUGUGCAUUCUUGGAAAUUUUACUAGAUUCUUUUUGUAGCAUGAUAAGAAAUGUAUGUUUUAAUAUGUGAUCACAUUGAUAAUGUUCUCAUGGCACACAGCCAUCUAUGAAGCACUAAAUGAAUGUUCAAAUUUAAUGAAGUAUUAUCUGAAACAGUAUAUUAUCAUUUCAAACUUUUAAAAAUAAAGUGAAGGUAAUUCUAAAGCAACCCUAUCCAUAUACUGAAAUCUAUAUAACCUAAAAGAUACAGUUUUUGUAUUCAUUUUGCAAUUUAGGUUUUUGGGGAAGUGAAUAAGGGAUCAACAUCUUCUAGCAAGAAAUAUUAAGAAAUUAACAUGUGAAUCCUAUUUGAUCCAUAGCCUAUCUACAUGUACAUGUCAUCGGUAGAAUAUGAAUGAAACCUAAUUUCCUUAAAAUCCUUUCAUUUUUUAAGCAACAGAUCGAUUGCCAAAUGAUCAUGAUUAUUCACAAGUGUCACAAGAGUAAUAUUGAUGAGUGUAGGAAUAAGAGAAGAUUGUAGAAAAUCUUGCUACAGAGGGAACCAGAUAAACCAAAGUGUUCUGUAUUAGUAAGGUGUCAUGCUAUCAAGAUGUUUUUCUGGAGAUGGUUUGAUUUUAGUUUUUUUUUUUUUUCAAUACCAGAGUUAGAUUUUACCAGUUGCCCCCCCCCCUCCCCAAAGAAGAAUUGUCAACCUUCAAAGCAAACUUCCACCAAAUCUGAAUUUACCUGUUAUCUUUUAUUUUUACUUCAAAUUCAAAUGAUGCCAGUAUCAUCAAUCAGUAUUGGUUGAUUAUUUUGAUUUCAUGUAGGGUCUGGCAAAGUGCUAAAAAAAUGGCCAUUCUUUGGUUUUUGUUUUGGGAAGGAAGGGGGGAGGGGUCAACUUGUGUGUGUAUGAUUACUAGAAACGAAUAGAAAUGAAAUUGAUUUAACAGAGAUAUAUUAUCAUGCAUUCCAUAUAGAGUGUCUCUGUAUUUAUCAGUGAUAUAUUUCUUCUUUUAAUGUGAUUAUCUCUUUCACUCAAGUUUGUGUUUGUUAUUAGCUGGUUAAUAGAUGAUUGAAUAAAAUGAAAAGGAGGUACUCGUGGUUCCUUGCUUGAGAGAUGGAACAUCAUCAGUUUUACAAUUUCAUGCCACUCUUUUAAAUUAAGUAUCAGAUAUUUUGGUUUUUCAUUUAUUGGAGAUGCAAUUCACUCGAAUGUUCAUAUAUUUAAUUUUUUAAAAUUAUUUUUGGUCUAAUCCUCCCCGAUUGACUAAUUUGAGAUCACUUCAAAUAAUUCUUUCUAUGAGUGUUUUUUCUUUUUCUUUUUGGCAUGAAAGUGUUGUUCGAAAUGUUAAAUCUUUCUUGUAUUGAAUCGCGGAGUAGGACUUGCCAGAAGUCGGAACUUCUUUGAUAGUUAGUAUAUAGCAUGGAUGUUUAUGUGUUUAUUUAUUAAAUUAUUAUAUUAAUGGAUUGAGAUAGGGAAAAGGUAUUUAUCUGGUUAUGUGGAUCAUCAAAUAAAUUAUUUCUUUAAAGUUAUAUUAACAUAUCAAAUUUGCCUCCCAGACAUUGACAACAACAAAAUUGUAAUGAAUAUAUAUAUAUAUUCUAGAGUAUACUAGUAAGUAAUAAUGUUAUUAAGUUUUUCAGAAGGAUUGUUUAUACUUGGAUAGGAUGAGAAAUAUAGGGUCUGAUGUUAAGUCAUAUAACAGAGUACUGGUAAGUCGGCAAGUGAUCAAGUGCACCUAAUUUUUGUGCAAUGUCUGUGCAGUUUAGAGGUAGAAAUAUGCAUUACAUGUCUAGUAUGGCUAGGUUGAGGCUAGACUAUCUGGGGAAAAAUGGAAAUGGACAAUAACACUUAGGAAAUCAUAGACAGCCAAGUCUGUCAGUUUGAUGGGUUUUUUUUUGACAGCCAUUGUUUCUUCUACAUAUGUAAUUCUGUGGACAGUGAAGCCGGACAUACUAUAGUCUGAGUGUAGCAUCAGCGACAGAUAACGGAAUAUUUUUAUCUGAAAAAAGUUGAUGCUUUUGGUCUCAUCACACAUUACAGGCAUUUCAUGUUAUUGCAUUCAUGUGCCCAUUAUUUAUUUUAGGGUGUGCAUUAUUGUUACACUGCAAGAAGUGCAACAAAAUGUCCACUUUGUGAAAUUCCAUGUUUACAAUAAUAUAGGAUUGUUGGCUUACAUUCAUCAAUUCGAUACGUUUUGUAAAAAUUUCUAUUUGAUAUUCAUGAAUUGAAUGAUGAAACAGAUAGGUUAGUAUUAAACCAGUACUUAAUGCCUUGUGUUUAUAUACCAUGGUGUUUAGUGGUACAGGGUGUAUCAUAAAACCACAAGAAAGCAUGAAAUCCAUCUGAUUUUCAACAAGGUUUUUAUAUGAUUAUCAUUGUGCAUGGAUCGACCCCACCCCCAUUCCCAACCAAUUUUAUUUUGUAAAAUUUUUGUAUAAUGUAAUGUCCACAUUUUAUCCCUAUACAUAAGAGCAUGAAAAUUUGAUAUUUCAGUACCAUUAAUCUUAUAAAUCUUCUCGACCA